GAGGAAAAUAUGGUAGCCGUUAUGGUGCCAGUUUGAGGAAGCAAAUUAAGAAGAUGGAGGUGAGUCAACACAGCAAGUACUUCUGCGAGUUGGGUGGAAAGUAUGCAGUGAAGAGAAAGGCUGUAGGAAUGUGGGGCUGCAAGGAUUGCGGGAAAGAUAAAGCUGGUGGUGCUUAUACUUUGAACAUUGCCAGCGCUGUGACGGUGAAGAGUACUAUGAGGAGGUUGAGGGAGCAAACCGAGAGCCGAGCUGCUGCUGACUACGUUAUGUUCAACUUUGGUACAUGUUUUGUCUAGGUUGGGAGCUUUCUAAACUCAAAAUCAAGUGAGCUCCAUCGCCUUCAGAAGGUGCUGGGAGUUCAUUGGAGGUCGCCGAAAAAAGGAUGGGUAAAGUUGAACACAAAUGGUGCAUUGUCGGAAAACAGUAAUAAUGCUACUAUUGAAUGAGCAUUUAGAGACCAUGAUGUCAAUUGAAUGUGCAGUUCUACUAUGUGGAUUGGAAAGGUCUCAAUUUAUAAUGGGAGUUUAGUUUUAGACAAUUGGAAUUGGAGUGUGACAAUAUUUUUGUUGUGGAAACUAUCUUAGCUGGUGGUGCGGGUAAUUGUAUGAUAUCAGAGUUACGUUUGAUUAGUCAACUUCUAUGCCGAAAUUAAAAAGUUUAUUUUCAACAUAUCCCUAAGGAACACAACAGAGUAACUGAAUGGAUGGCUAAGUUUGUAAACGGGAAUUAUGAUGAGAUGCAGGUAAAUGAAGAUAC